CGGGGCCUGUUCCCUCCGCCCUGGGUCUCCACAGGCUUUCGCGGGGCGGGGCCUACUCCCUCCGCUCUGGGUCCCCGCGGGCGUUCGGGGGCGGGGCCUGUUCCCUCUGCUCUGGGUCUCCGCUGGCGCCCGCCCCGCCAGCCUCACCUGCGCGGCACGUGACCCGCACCGCCCGUGGGCACCUUGAAGGCGGAUCCCGCGCGCCCCCGCUCCUGCAGGCUGUUUUACUUCAAAUAAAGAACAUGGUGAAACUGAUUCACACAUUAGCUGAUCAUGGUGACGAUGUCAACUGCUGUGCCUUCUCCUUUUCCCUCUUGGCUACUUGCUCCUUGGACAAAACAAUUCGCCUGUACUCGUUACGUGACUUUACUGAACUGCCACAUUCUCCAUUGAAGUUUCAUACCUAUGCUGUCCACUGCUGCUGUUUCUCCCCUUCAGGACAUAUUUUGGCAUCGUGUUCAACAGAUGGUACCACUGUCCUAUGGAAUACUGAAAAUGGACAGAUGCUGGCAGUGAUGGAACAGCCUAGUGGCAGCCCUGUGAGGGUUUGCCAGUUUUCCCCAGACUCCAUGUGUUUGGCAUCAGGGGCAGCUGAUGGAACUGUGGUUUUGUGGAAUGCACAGUCAUACAAAUUAUAUAGAUGUGGUAGUGUUAAAGAUGGCUCCUUGGCGGCAUGUGCAUUUUCUCCUAAUGGAAGCUUCUUUGUCACUGGCUCCUCAUGUGGUGAUUUGACAGUGUGGGAUGAUAAAAUGAGGUGUCUGCAUAGUGAAAAAGCACAUGAUCUUGGAAUUACCUGCUGCGAUUUUUCUUCACAGCCAGUUUCUGAUGGAGAACAAGGUCUUCAGUUUUUUCGACUGGCAUCAUGUGGUCAGGAUUGCCAAGUCAAAAUUUGGAUUGUUUCUUUUACCCAUAUCUUAGGUUUUGAAUUAAAAUAUAAAAGUACACUGAGUGGGCACUGUGCUCCUGUUCUGGCUUGUGCUUUUUCCCAUGAUGGGCAGAUGCUAGUCUCAGGGUCAGUGGAUAAGUCUGUCAUAGUAUAUGAUACUAAUACUGAGAAUAUACUUCACACAUUGACUCAGCACACCAGGUAUGUCACAACUUGUGCUUUUGCACCUAAUACCCUUUUACUUGCUACUGGUUCAAUGGACAAAACAGUGAACAUCUGGCAAUUUGACCUGGAAACACUUUGCCAAGCAAGGAGCACAGAACAUCAGCUGAAGCAAUUUACUGAAGAUUGGUCAGAGGAGGAUGUCUCAACAUGGCUUUGUGCACAGGAUUUAAAAGAUCUUGUUGGUAUUUUCAAGAUGAAUAACAUUGAUGGAAAAGAACUGUUGAAUCUUACAAAAGAAAGUCUGGCUGAUGAUUUGAAAAUUGAAUCUCUAGGACUGCGUAGUAAAGUGCUGAGGAAAAUUGAAGAGCUCAGGACCAAGGUUAAAUCCCUUUCUUCAGGAAUUCCUGAUGAAUUUAUAUGUCCAAUAACUAGAGAACUUAUGAAAGAUCCGGUCAUCGCAUCAGCUUACCACAAGUGAUUCUAUAGAAAACAUCCAGCUACUUGGGAGGCUGAGGCAGGAGAAUUGCUUGAACCCGGAAGGCAGAGGUUGCAGUGAGCCGAGAUCAUGCCACUGCACUCUAGCCCUGGCAACAAUGCGAGACUCCAUCUCAAAAAAAAAAAGAAAAAAGAAAACAUCCCCAGUCAUGUCAUUUGUAUAAAUUCCUAAUACUGAUAGGCACUGCUGUACAUUUUUAGUUAUGUCCAAUCUUUAAAAAAAUUUGGCUUGGUCAUUUUUGCGAAUUUAGCUGUCAAGAUAAUUUUUGUUUUGAGACAGAGUCUCACUGUGUCACCCAGGCUGGAAUGCAGUGACGUGAUCUCAGUUCACUGAGACCUCUACCUCCUGGGUUUAAGCGAUUCUCCUGCCUCAGCCUCCCUAGUAGCUAGGAUUAUGGGCACGUGCCACCAUGUCCGGCUAAUAUUUUUGUAUUUUUAGUAGAGACAGGGUUUUGCCACGUUGGCCAGGCUGGUCUCAAACUCCUGACCUCAAGUGAUGUGCCCAGCCAAGAUAAAUUUUAGAAUCAUCUUAUGUUACAACACAAAGUGGUAUUUUGGUUAGAAUUACAGAAAACCUAAAAACUAAAUGUUAACUGGGGCUAAAGAGUAGAAAUCCCUGUCCUGCACUGGUAGGUGUUCCAGCUAGAUUAUUUCUUUCAGGUCUAUUCUGAACAUAUAAAAACCCCCUAAACCUGAUCUGCCCACUCUGCUUUUUCUCUAGAGCCUUCACCAUGUUGGGUUAUACUUGGUUAUACUCUGACUUCAGGUAUGCUUUUCAGUUGCAGUUCAAGUAUACUGUCUAAUUCCUAUUUGUCAUUGUAGACUUUUCUCUUUCAUGCCCUUCACUAGUUCUGGAAAUGUUUCAGCCAUUCUCAUCCCCUGCAGCUUCUCUCUUAAGCCUUUCUAGGUGUUUUUCUUGGACCUGCCUACCAGUUGUCUUUCCUGCAGUUGUCUAACUGCUGUUUACCUGUCCAAUGAGAUUUUUUUAAAAUUUCAGUUACUAUAGUUGUCCUUUCUGGAAGUCCCAUGUACAGGGAGAGUAAGAGCAUUGUCUGUGGAGCCACACUGCUUGGGUUUAAAUCCCAGGUCAGUUGCUCCCUACCUGUGUGACCCUGGAAAGUUAUUCAGGCCAUGCCUCAGUUUCCUCAUUUGUAAAAUAGGAAUGCUAACAAUAUCUUACAUCAUAAGGUUGUUGUGCAGAUUAAAGAAGUUAAUAUAGGUAAUGGUGCCCUGGAACAGUCUAAUGAUAUGCUAUUUGGCAAUAAGCACUUCAAAAGACGGUCAGUGUCAUUAAUGCCAAUCAAAACCAUGUCAUACCUGUUAAGAUGGCUAGAAUCAAAAAGUAGGAAAAUACGUGUUGGCAAGGAUGUGCAGAAAAUGGAACCUUCAUGUGUGGUUGCUGUUGAAAACAGUCUGGAAGCUCUUCAGAAAGUUAUCACAAUUCCACUCCUAAGUCUAUAGGCAGGAGAAUUGAAAACACAUAAUCAUACAAAAAGUUGUACAGGCAUAGCAGCAUUAUUAGUAGCCCAAAGGUGGAAACAACCCAGAUGUCCAUCAACAAGUGAAUGCAUGAAAUGUCGUAUAGCCAUACAAGAAUAUCGAGCCAUAAAAAUGCACAAAUAUGUAGAGGAUGGACCUUGGAAAAAUUAUGGUAUGUGCAAGAAGCCCUAUACCAAAGGCUGCAUAGUGUAUGAUUCCCAUUAUAUGAAAUGCCCAAAACAGGCAAAUCCAUAGAGACAAAGUCAGUUAGAGGCGGCCACAGGCUGCGGGGGCAGUGACUGCUAAUGGGUAUGGGAUUGAUGAAGUGAUACACAACUCUGAAAUAUACCAAGAACCACAAAUGGGUGCAUUUUAUGGUGUGAAAUAUAUCUCAAAAAGAGCAAAAGGCAGUCACAGGUAACAGUUUCUGCAGAAAGCAUGUUUCCUUCUCUAGGACGGAGGAAACAGAAGUUGAGUUUCGGAAACAGAAGUUGAGUUUCGGAAACAGAAGUUGAGUUUCUCAGAACCUCAGUCUCUCAGGGCCAGAACUCAGGCCCCCAAGGUGGGGGAGCUACACAGCUGGUACUAAUUUGUAAGUAGGCAAAAGUAACACAGAGGUGAAACAACCAAAACAAUCCAGAUCUGGGGUUUCACCAUGUCGCCUAGGCUGGUCUUAAACUCCAGGGCUCAAGUGAUCCACUUGCCUUGGCCUCCCAAGUGCUGAGAUUAUAGGCAUGAGCCACUGAGCCUAGCCAACUUUCUUAUAUGAUAAAAAAUACAUAUACCUUGGCACAGAAGCCAGUGGAAGCAUUCCCAUUACAGUCAGGGAUAUAAAGGAUGCUCUCUCUCAGCUAUUGUUUUAGAAAUAUUAGCCACCCCUUGCCCACCCCCCCCACCAAAAAAAAACUUGAAAGGGAAAAACCCUUUCUAUAAACUGUAUAUGUAGAAAGCCCAAAAGAAUAGAAAACCUAUAAACAAUAUGAAUUUCGUAAAGUAGCAAGUUAAGUAAGAUUCAGUGAACCAAAGCACUUAAAAGUUAUAACUGAAUAGUUAAGUUACAGUAACAAAAACUAGAACGUUACAGUAACAAAAACUAGAACAAAUGAGACCUAAACUUGGCUGGGUGCAGUAUAAUCCAUGUCUGUAAACCCAGCACUUUGGGAAGCCAAGGUGGGAGCGUUGUUUGAGCCAAGGUGUUCUAGACCAGCCUGGGCAACAUAAUGAGACCCCCUUCUCUACAAAAAAUUUUUAAAAAUUAGCCAGGUGUUGUGGUGUAUGCCUGUAGUCCCAGCUACUUGGGAGGAUGAGGUGAGAGGAUUGCUUGAGCCUGGGAGGUCGAGGCUGCAGUGAGCUACCGUCAUGUCACUGGAUUCUAGCCUGGGUGACAGAGUGAGACCCUAUCUUAGAAAAAAACUACACACACCAAAACCCCAAACUUAAGAAAUACGUAAAACUUUCAACCCUACAUAAAAACAAAAACAUCCCUGUGAAAGUAUAAUGGCAGGUGGAGCAUGCUGAGGGGUAGGAAGACUCAGUGGCUGCAGGAUAUCAGCUUUCUCCAUUUCAUAGGUUUGACAUGAUCCUGAUAAAACUUUUUACCGAGAGAUACACAAGGUGAUUCUUCACGUGGAACCUAAUAAACAAGAACAGCAAAAAUAACCUAGAAAAAAACAAUGAGGAAGGUUGCUAGUCCUAUGAGAUGUUACAUGUCGAGAACCUCCAUAAGUGAAUGUGUAGUGUUGGCCCAGGAAUAGAACAAUGGAAAAGUUUAAAAUCCAGAAAUCGAUCCAUGUGCAUUUGGAAAUUUAGUGAUUGAUAAAGAUAGCAUUUAAAAUCAGUGGUAAAAAUUACUUCUAACAAGUGGUAUUUUGACAAUACAACCACCCUGUGGAAAAGGAUAAAAUUGGAUCCAUCUUGCAUAGUGUACAUUUAAAUUCCAAAUGAAUCAGAAACCCAGACAUAAAAAGGGAAACCUGCAGAGCGCAGCGGCUUGUACCUGGAGUCCCAGCUAUUCCGAGCCGAUGUAAGGAGGGUCACUUGAGCCCAGGAGCUUGAGACCAGCAGGACCCCAUCUCUUCAAAGACUUUUAAAGUCCCAAAGACAAUGUAAGUAAAUUCCUUGAUAGAAUUGGGAAAACUUCGCUCUCUGGGAAUCAAGGGAGAAAUUGAUGAAGUGUUGAUAUUCCAUAUAUAUGAAAUCUUAAGGACAACCUAGUAGAAAAAUGGGCAAAAAAUAUGAAUAGCUCACAGGAAAAAGAAAAGCAAAUGGCUCAAACAUAUGGACAAAAGAUUCUCCAGCUGAUAUAUUGUACCAUUGCUUACCUAGAGACUGGCAAAAAUCCAGGAGUUUGACAACAUAUACUGUUGGUUAGGCUGUAGGAGAAAAAGGCAUUCUCAUAAACAUUGCUAGCAGGAAUGAAAAACGUAGAAUUCCUAUGGAAGGAAGUUGGCACUAUCUAGCGAGAUUACAUAUGCUGCUUUAGCAAUCCUACUUCUGAAAUCUCCCCAAAAGUGACACAUGCAUAAGACUUCCUUGUAGCACUAUUUGUAUUUUGUGUGUGUAUGGUUUUCUUGGGGUUUCCUUGGUACAGCACUAUUUGUAAAAGGCAAAGAUUGGAAACCACCCAGAUGUCCUUACAUCUUACACCCUUACAGUGGAGUACUGUGAGGAAAAUAAACACACCAAGGUGCAAAAUAGUGUGGCUAGUAUGCUAGCUUUUAUGUAGAAUGUAUGUGUACUGUGUGCACAUAUACAUAUUUGAAAAUGGAUUACACAUGGUUACUUAUAUGGGAAAGAUGGGUAACAAGGAUUGGACAGGGUUAGAUUAGACCCCUCUGAAGGUACCUUGUUUUAUAGUUGUAACUUUUUUUUUUUUUUUAGAUGGAGUCUCGCUCUGUCACCCAGGCUGGAGUGCAGUGGUGCGAUCUCAGCUCACUGGAACCUCUGUCUCCCGGGCUCAAGUGAUUCUCCUGCCUCAGCCUCCUGAGUAGCUGGAAUUACAGGCACCUGCCACCAUGCCCAGCUAAUUUGUGUAUUUUUAGUAGAGGUAGGGUUUUGCCAUGUUGGCCAGGCUGGUCUCAAACACCUGACCUCAAGUGGAUCCACCCGCCUUGGCCUCCCAAAGUGCUGGGAUCACAGGUGAAAGCCACCACGCCCAGCCUAUAGUUGUUACUUUGAAACCAAGUAAGUGUUGUUUUCAGACACAGUAUUUUGGGACCACUCUAGUGAAUCUACCUUGAUGACAGAAAGAACCAUAAAGUAAUCUUAAAAUUUAUUUCAGUUUUAUGUUAGUAAAUAUACUGGCAUUAUUUUGAAACAGUGAUAUGUACUGUAGAUUAAAUGAGUAAAUGAAAUCAGGAACCAAGAUUUUCAGCUUGAGAAAGAGCUACAAGUAUAAAAAUGAAAGUAGUGAAGCAAAAGUCCAAUCUUUACAUGUAUAAAGGCAAAUAAUUUUGCAAGAAUAUGGUUUUAAAAAAACCUUAGUGGCCGGGCAUGGUGGCUCAUGCCUGUAAUCCCAGCACUUUGGGAGGCUAAGGUGGGUGGAUCACCUGAGGUCAGGAGUUCAAGACCAGACUGGCCAACAUAGUGAAACUCUACUAAAAAUACAAAACAUUAGCCGGAUGUGGUACCAGGUGCCUGUGAUCCCAGCUACUUGGGAGGUGGAGCUUGCAGUGAGCCAAGAUCUCGCCAGUGUACUCCAGCCUGGGCAACAGUGUGAGACUUGGUCUCAAAACAAACAAACAAACAAACAAACUAAAAAACCUAAGUCCCUUCACUGUCAAAUCCUUAGGGGAGUAAAUUCUGUCAUCUCUGGGUACCUGUUUUCCUGACUUUUCAAGGUGUUGGAAAGUUUGGCUGAAUCAUAAGGCUCUUUUCAACAGCUCUGAUGGGCAGUUUAUCCUCACUCCCACUCUACCCAGCUCUGUUCCUUUCUUCUCUUCCACUGUGUCUGAAUUUGACAGGGUCCCGGUCUCAGUGGUACCGUUCAAAGUGUUUAUAAUGUUACUCUUCUGGGCAAUUUUUGCUUCAUACAUCUCCAUCCAAUCAAUGCAUUUCAGGUGUUGUGGCAGAGAGAUUUUUGGGGGUGCUGGUACAAGCAAGACAGGAAUAACCCUUAAGUCACAAUAAAGGCCUCUGCAAGGAGUUUUUACAUUCACUUCAUUUUAGAAAUCCUCAUUUCCCUUUCCUACAUCAUGUAAUUUGUGUGAUUUUUUU